UCUUGUUUUCUCGCCGGUCGAAUUGUUAAGAAUUUAUUUUCGUUUUUUUUUUUAUCCUUUUAAUGGACAACAACAUUGUGAAAAUGGAAUCCAACGAAAACGGUGAGAAGAAAAUUGAACAAAAUACUUCAAACAAUGAUUUGCCCAAAAGCAGCAGCAAUGAUUCGGGCCGUUCCAAAGAUUCUGGUCGAAGCAGCAGUGGUGGUCGUCGUGAUCGUAAUCGUUCACGACGUCGUUCUCGUUCACCAAUUCGUUCGCGUGAAGAUCGUUCAAACAAAAUUCAUCGACGUGUUUAUGUUGCUAAUAUUCCAUUUGAUGUAAAGUGGGGUGAGCUCAAAGAUUUAUUUCGCGAUAAAGUGGGCAAUGUUCGUUUCUGUCAACUUUUCGAAAAUGAAGAAGGAAAACCUCGCGGUUGUGGUCUAGUUGAAUUCGAAGAUUCAGCUUCUGCUAAAAAAGCCAUUGAUGUGCUCAAUCGCUUUGAUUACAAAGGUCGAGAACUUGUUGUCAAAGAAGACCUUGAUAUUGAUCGUGAUCGUUUCGGGCGAUUGAUUCUUUCUUCAGGUCGAGAGGAUCGUGAACGUGAUCGCGAUAGACGACGAGAUCGAUAUGAUGAUAGAUAUUCUAAUGGUUCUGAUUCUGGUUCUACUCCUUAUCAUACAUAUGGUUUGAGUCCACAGUUUCUUAAUUCACUUGGUAUCAAAGGUCCAUUGACAAAUCGUGUAUUUGUUGCUAAUCUUGAUUAUAAAGUUAGCGAACGUAAACUUGAGGACAUUUUUGGAUUGGCUGGAAAAGUCACCAAAGUUCGAUUGUAUUGUGACCAUGAAGGAAAAUCGAAAGGUUUCGGUGUUGUUGAAUUUGAACAUCCUGUCGAAGCCGUUCAAGCAAUUUCAAUGUUCAACAAUCAAAAACUUUAUGAUCGAAUUCUUAGUGUUCGCUUGGAUAAAUUUGACAAUGAGGAUCCAUUUGGCAAAGAUGGUUUGCCUGCCAAAUUACCGCGAGGUCUUGAAAGUAUUGGCAAAGGUCUUGGUAUUGAUGGUCAGCCGUUGAAUAUAGCUAAAAGUAUCAGUAGUCCUGCACCAAGCAUGCAAGGUCAGUCGUUGCCCGUACCAUCACCAAUCACACCUCAAGCUUCAAAUGUUACUCCACAAGCAGCCACAGCAGCCAUCAACGUUUUGAGCAACUUAGCCGGUCAUUUGCCUUCGUUGACUCAAUCAUUGGCACAAUUUUCUAAUAAUCCUUCUGGAACAAUUGCACCACAACCGGCUGCUUCAACUGGCUAUCCUUCAUCUACUAAUGAUAUUCCUGGUUCUGGAAAUACAGUUCCGGGUGCUUCUGCUACUGGUUAUGGCCAUAGUGGAUAUACUUCGGUUGUUCCACAUGGAAAUGGUACCGCACAGCCUGCUGCCCCAUAUCCAACUACAAGUCCAAUGAUGCCGCCAUCCAGUUAUGGUACGGCACCACCACCAACUUCUUCUGUUCCGUACAGUGCUAAUGCAGGAACGCCUAAUGCUCCAAUAAGCUCUUAUUCUACAUAUGAUCAACGUGGCGAUUAUCGUGAUGAUAAAUAUCGAACAUCUGGAAUUGAUACUAUUUUUGUUCGAAAUUUGCCACCAAAUUUUAGUUGGCAAAAUCUUCGUGACCGUUUCAAUGAAGUUGGUGAAGUUCGUUUUGCUGAAAUCAAAGGCCAUGGUACUGCUCUUGUUCGUUUCGGAUCUGAUCGUGAUGCACAAAGAGCAGUAGAUUUGAUGAAUGGAAUUCGCAUUGAAAAUCGAGCCAUUGAAGUCAGUCUUUAUUAUUAAUAAUAUAAUAUCAUUAUCGUUCAACAAACAAACAAACAAAAACAAAAAAAAACAUUUUCAUUCGUUUUCAUAUGUUCAUCAAUUUCUUUUUUUUUCUUCGAAAUUUUGACGUAUCAGCAUAUUCUGUUUUCUUUUUCAUCUUAACCCAUUUCAUUUGAAAUUUUCAAUUUUUGGUUUACUCAUCGUCAUUCUAAUUGCUAAUUUUCUAUUUCAUUUUGUAACUGACUAAUUUCCACUUGAUCCACAUUUGAAUCAUCAUCAAUCAUCAUCAUUAUAUAUGAAUAUAAAUAUCCUUUUU